ACAUCUAUAUAAUGCAGUUUUUCAAUGACUAUGACUAUAUUUACGUUCAUGAUAUUGAUUUAAAGAGGAUAGGAUUGAAUUUUGGAUAUAUAGCGAUUGUUAUAUUAUUAUUUUUAUAAUUGUUUAAAAAUUAUACUUGUGUGAAGUGACAAACAUGCCAACAUAUGAAUUGCCGCUGUUGUUACGUAUCAUGAAGAAGCCGGAAUUGGUAGAAUCUUUAAAAAGAACAACCACAACAAUAUUUAAUACUGGUGGCUUUAUCAGAAAAAUUGAGAAUUGGGGAGUAAAACGGCUUCCGGUCAAAGCCAAAAUUCAUGGACGUCUUCAUAGAGAAGCAAAUCAUUUUUUAAUAUAUUUUGAUGCACCACCAAAAGAAAUAGAGAAAAUUAAUGAUGAAUACAACAGAGAUAUUGAUGUUAUUAGAGCAAAAAUAUUUAAACAAAAUAUACCAAGGGAACAACAGUGUACGUUCCAUGAAGAAAUGUUACCUCCACCAUACAGACCUAGUGUUCAGAAAAUGAUGGAAUUGGCAAAGAAGCGGCAUAAUAAUAAAUACGAAUUUAAAUAUAAUAGUGGAUUGAACUAUUAUCCUUUUAAUAAAUAAU